AUGGGCCAGGGAAACUGCACCAGUGUGACAGAAUUCAUUCUCCUCGGAUUAGCAGACGCCCCUGAGCUGAGCGUCCUCCUGUUCCUGGUGUUUCUUCUCAUCUACGGAGUCACAGUUUUGGGCAACCUGGGCAUGAUUGCACUGAUUCAGGUCAGCUCUCGACUUCACACCCCCAUGUACUUUUUCCUCAGCCACUUGUCCUUUGUGGACUUCUGUUACUCUACAGUCAUCCUACCAAAGAUGCUCACUAGUGUGUUAAAUGAAGACAAAACCAUUUCUGUGUUGGGAUGUACUAUGCAAUUCUACUUGUUUUGCACAUGUGUGGUAACUGAGGUCUUCCUGCUGGCUGUGAUGGCCUAUGACCGUUUUGAGGCCAUCUGUAACCCACUGCUGUAUGUGGUCACCAUGUCAUUCACNCUCUGUGUGGGGCUGGUGUUUGGUUGUUACCUGUGUGGGACUGUGUGUUCUCUGAUUCACUUGUGCUUAGCUCUUCCAAUCUCCUCCUAUCGAUCAAAUGUGAUUAACCACUUCUUUUGUGAUCUACCCCCUCUCUUGUCUCUUGCUUGCUCUGAUGUCACUAUGAAUGAGCUGGUGAUAUACAUUGUGGUCACUUGCACUGAGGUCAUUACCAUUGUGAUUAUCUUCACCUCCUACUUGUUUAUUCUCGUCACCAUCCUGAGGAUGCGCUCUGCCCAGGGAAGGCGCAAAGCCUUCUCCACCUGUGCCUCCCACUUCACAGCCAUUGCUGUCUUCCAUGGUACAAUUCUUUUUAUGUAUUGCCACCCCAGUUCUGGCAACAGUAUGGAUACUGACAAAGUCACUACUGUAUUCUACACUGUUGUGAUUCCCAUGCUGAACCCCCUGAUAUACAGCCUGAGGAACAAGGAUGUGAAAGGAUCCCUUAAAGAACUGGUGAACUCCAAAUUGUUUUCCUAG